CACAGGGCAACUUAAUUCUGUCUCUAACAUCUACUGAAAUGGUGUUCUGGAAGAGUGCAUUGAAUGUGCUGCUCGCAACUGCAAGCCUUUCAGGCACAUUUGCAGCAGCCACUAACGAAUCCGAGUCUUUGUACACCUUUUCUGAAUUAUGGGAGCUUGAGAAAGGCUUCUGGGAUGCAUUUCUCUAUCCUGCCAAUUUGGAUCAGAUAACAGGGGAAGGGGAAGAUUCGGUCUUCACGGAAGAUGUCCAAGGGCGCGUUGACAUCACCCGCACCUUUGACGGCCGCGAGCUCAACAAGGAAUACAUCUUCGGGCUAUUCGGCGAUCCCAACGGCGUCGCUCUCGUCGGCGUGCCCAUCGCAUACAACAUUACUCAAUUCGCAGCCAACGACAACAUCGCUUCCGCAACGACGGUGGUGGCAUUCAACGCGACCACCUGGGGGGUUGUCGUGCCUGUGACAAUCGACACCUGGAUAAAAUUCAAUGCUGAUGGCAAAAUCAGCCAAUACGAUGCUACAUUCCGAUGGUUUGCGUACCUGGUUGAUGCACUCGUGGAGACUGUCAUCGAGAGCACCAACAACAACGCUACAACGGCGACAGAGGCAGUCGGCUUCGUGACUGAUGUCUUGGCUGCGAACAUCUGCGAGCAACACGAGGCACACUGCACGGGCGAUAAUCAGCAAUACGAGAACAAGGAUCAAUGCUACGAGUAUCUGACACAGCAGACACGGUUCGGGAAGAGUUACGAGCUCGGCCGGGAUACGCUUCUCUGUCGGGAAGUCCAUCAGCAUAUGGUGCAGUAUCGGCCCGAAGAGCACUGUCCCCAUAUUGGGCCGUCAGGGGGUGGAUACUGCGUUGACGAUAGAAGCUACGAGAAGACGGUGUUGGAGAAGUAUUUUGCUGAUUCGUGGAUUGCGUAUGGAUAUGGGGCGGAGCAGAAUGCGUGGCUGUGAUAGUAAUUGUGUAUGGGCAUUUAAUUAAUCUAAUACAUCUGUUCUUGAUGAGCAAUCUCAGGUAUUGGUUUGUGUUAUCGGCCAAGAACAGAAUUUUCAUCUGAAGCAAUUGCGCGACCCGCGACCCGAUAUAUUCCCUGUUGAUCGUCACAGCAUGCAGUUAUCCCUGUUCAUUCUGAUCUAGACUCCCACGCCAAGCAUAUAGUGAAGAAAUGGCCAAAAGAGGAAGGUUAUAUUUUAUUGAAUCUUAUAAUCGUCCAUACGGAGUAUUGGCGGAAAUAUGCAAGGUAAUCAGUACUUUUGUUCAUCAGCAGCAGUCUAAGUGGUAUCUUGGCUAAAACAACAGCAAAAACAAAACAACAGAAUAGC